AUGGAUUUCACGCAUUCCGCAGACUCUCUUAGCACCCAAAUUCACGAUGAUCCCUUCGAUACCCAUCCUCAUAUGAGCACUCCGCCGCCCUUACGAAAGACCGAUACAAAUUUCACUCUCCCUACCGAUUUCUCCGGUGCCUCAACCACGGUCGACUCAGAGACCGAACCAGAUAGCCCCACCAUCGAAAAACAUCCCUUAUUCAACCCUGUUAACCGCAAGCUUGACAUUCACUCUCAAUAUCGCUAUGGUCGUGCACAGGGUGAUACUUGUGCAAGCUGUAGCCUCUCUGUGCCUAAUCGAAUCGCCGAGAAACUCCCAGCUGGAGCUCCAGGAAGCAGAAGAACCGAUGGUAAACAGACCACCGCCUCAUCAGGAGCACCCGUCCUCAGAUCUAGAGAAUUUGUGUGUCUACGUGAGCGCGAGCGACGACGGACUAAUAGCAGUAGCGGCACACAGCCUUCUUCGUUAGGCUCCUCCUUGGGUUCUUCAAAUUCAAAUACACCUUCCCAUAUGCAUUCUCACCCCGAGGAUUGCCACGACCAUACCCUCACAUAUCUGACCGCCAAAUCUCCUGACGAUCCAGACAACUUUGCUCAACUCCGGGCUUCCGUCAUUCGAACUUUGUCGUGUGAACUUCUUCCACGCGGUAUAUCUGACGGUCCCUUCUGCUUUGGCGACUCAAAUACGGGCUAUACGAUUGCCUACGUUUUCCGUCUUACAGAUCCUAAAGCACGUGGCAGGCGGCGCUUAUAUGCUUUUGUUGCCCUCGCCGGAAAAGAUGCAAGUCGUGCGUUCCAAGCAUGCCCGAUGCUUUGGGAAGCUUUCGCAAGCAUGGCUAAGGGGAUUGAAUCUGCCGCACAGCGCCAUCAAGAAUCUCAAAGAAGAAAAGAGGAGAUCGAUGCAACUUCACCCGAACCCAAAACUCGAAAUUACACACCCGUGUCGUCAUUCCUCACCUCUCGGAGUGCUAAUCCCGAUGGAAAUCCUCGACGAGCUGGACACGCCCCUCCUCGUUCUCUAGCUGAAAUUGUAGGGGACGAAAAUAUAUUCACGAUCCUUCAUCAGUAUUUUGUUGCUUUACUUCGAUGUCUCGGAGACGAGUUUGGUGGCUUGCCUCUGGUCGAGAAGCCAUCAGUAUAUCAAUCACUUGGUGAGGAGACGUCUCGCUUCGCCAAAAGCAGCCCUGUGAGCGCGGAACAUCGAAAUAGAAGGCGACAGAAGACAGAAGACAAGCUCGACAUCGACGUCCGCCACCUUGAAAGUCUACGUGAUGACGAUGCCACACCUACACCAAAACCACCAACCAAGGGACAAAGUGUGCCUACAAAGCCCCUGUCGGCACCACCCCCGAAAGACGACCUCGAGGUCGCCAAGAAACGAGCAAACAAGGCGUUCAAACGAAAUCCUCAAUGUGCGCCCCUGGCGGUGGUAGAAACUGCACAACGCCAGGUCCACGUCGGUGUUGGAGGACAAAAUAUCGCAGUCAGAUGA